ACAGAGCGCAGGCUCGCACUUCGGCGUUGGUGCUGGGAGUCUCGUGGACGCGACGCCGUUACUUGCAUUCGGUCGGCGGCACAGACGGCGGUGGCAGCGGCACAGCGCUCAGCGCACACCGCGCCUUAGCAGCAGCAGCAGCAGCGGAGGCAUCCCGCCGUUCACAGCUCCUGCGCUGGUGCAGCCACCCUCGCUCCCUCUGCUCUUCCACCCUUCGCUCACACCAUGGCUGAUCAGCUGACCGAAGAACAGAUUGCUGAAUUCAAGGAAGCUUUCUCCCUAUUCGACAAAGAUGGUGAUGGCACCAUCACAACAAAGGAACUUGGAACUGUCAUGAGGUCACUGGGUCAGAACCCAACAGAAGCCGAAUUGCAGGAUAUGAUCAAUGAAGUGGAUGCUGAUGGUAAUGGCACCAUUGACUUCCCAGAAUUUUUGACUAUGAUGGCUAGAAAAAUGAAAGAUACAGACAGUGAAGAAGAAAUCCGCGAGGCAUUCCGAGUCUUUGACAAGGACGGCAAUGGGUACAUCAGUGCGGCGGAACUACGUCACGUCAUGACAAACUUAGGAGAAAAACUAACAGAUGAAGAAGUAGACGAAAUGAUCAGAGAAGCAGAUAUUGAUGGAGAUGGACAAGUCAACUAUGAAGAAUUCGUACAGAUGAUGACUGCAAAAUGAAGACCUACUUUCAACUCCUUUUCCCCCCUCUAGAAGAAUCAAAUUGAAUCUUUUACUUACCUCUUGCAAAAAAAAAAAAAAUCAUUUACUCAUUCUGUUUCUAUAUAGCAAAACUGAAUGUCAAAAGUACCUUCUGUCCACACACACAAAAAAUCUGCAUGUAUUGGUUGGUGGUCCCUGUCCCCUAAAGAUCAAGCUACACAUCCGUUUUACAGUAUAAAUAUUUGUACUACCUUAACGAUAGGGAAGACUUAGUGGGCUCCUCGCAGUUCCAUUUGCUAACGAUUAACACACUGUUUGGGCUGGCCAGUUUUUCAUGCAUGCAGCUUGACGAUUGAGCAGAGUCAGGCAUUUGUAUUAAAAAACGAAAAAUGAAAAAACAACUUCAAAACCUAUUCACGUGGGUUCUAGUUCAGUUUGUUAGUGUAAUUGGUCAUAACUGGCUUACUGAAAGCAAACCUUUUAGAAUUGGCAGACCUCAGGAUGUGUGUAGAAACACGGGUGAAGGAUAAACUGUCUAGACGCAGCCCCACUAGCAGGACGGUCCCCUUGUCCUUCCACGUGCCCCGACCCGUGGUGACGGUGACACACCCUGGUGGCAUGGCCGCGUGUGUUGGCUUAGCGCUGUCUGCAUUGUACUAGACUGAAAUGGGUGUCAGGCUGUCACCGUUCAGAAAUUUUUAAAGAACCUUUUACCAAGGGAGCAUCUUUGGACUCUCUGUUUUUAAAACCUUCUGAACCAUGACUUGGAGCCAGCAGAGGUAGGCUGUGGCUGUGGACAUCAGCACAACCAUCAACAUUGCUGUUCAAGAAAUUACAAUUUACGUCCAUUCCAAGUUGUAAAUGCUAGUCUUUUUAUUUUAUUUUUUUCCAAUAAAAAGACCAUUAACUUAAAGUGGUGUUAAAUGCUUUGUAAAGCUGAGAUCUAAAUGGGGACAAGGCAGUUGGAGGGGAGGCCAGUGCACCUCUAAAUGCCCCCAGCCCAGCAUUGGGUUUCCCUCCCUUUCUCCCUCCCUCCCGACUUCCAAGCACCAACCUCAGCCUGAGACCGCGCCUGAAACCAGGCAGAUACCGACGGCUUCAUCAUGUUUGUGGACAUACAGGUCUGUUGUAUUUUCACUGGGGGGGGGGGGGGGGAAGGGAGGGAGACAGCGAAUCGUCGUAACUUCAUGAUUAUUCAGGCAGUAGAGCUCUUAAUGAAAAAACACUUUCUCUCAAGCAUGUAUUUCGGGGUUCUCAAUUGUGCUGCUGAUGACCUGUUUUAUGUAACUACUUGAGACCAUCUGUGCAGGAGACAUGAUUUAGUGUGUCUGUAAUUCAACCUUCGCUGUGUGUGGUAGAAGCAGCAGUCACUUGCCUAAGCCAGUCUCUUCAUGCCUAAAAGACACUACCAGUCACCUUUUGAUUCACGAGUUUUAAUUUAUGAUGAUACUUAACCUCCUUUUCCUUUUUUUUUUUUUUUGUUUUUUAAGUUGACUUUGCUAUUUUCCCCCACGAGUAGAACUAAUGGUAGGCCUCAGCUUGAAAGUCAAACUGUAGCCCAGAGGGAGUUUGGUGUCUAAUUAUAAACCUGUAACCCAAACUAAGAGAUGCUGGUACUGGCCUCUGCAGUGGGAUUGGUCCACUGAAAAAGCCCCCUUGAAGGCAUAUCGCAUUGAGUGCAGAGCUUUUUUGGAAAUGAAGGCUGGAUGUGUAUAUUUUUCAGGGUGUUAACUGCUUGUAUCUUAUUAGCAAGGAGAUUUGGGUUUUGAGUGUGUGUGUGGGAGGUUUUCAUUUGCCAGGGAACAGUGGCAGGCUGCUAGCGAGGCAGUGAGAAGCUCUUGGCAGCCAAGUGGGUGCAUUCAGGGCUGCUGUGUAGAGACCCGUGGCUUCUUCCUCUCCUACUCCCUGUCCUUCUGGCAUUUUGCAGCUUGUUCCAUUUCCUGCCAGAGGGGUGGGUCAGAGCAGUGGAGAGGAGCCCACCCAUCUAUCUGCCUCUGCCACUGGUGCUUAGACGCAGUGGUUGUUAGAAGAGAGGCCGACGCCAUGAGUUAGGGUUGGCUUUCAUAAUUCCCUGAAUCUGGAAGGGACACCUAAGCAUACCUUGGGGGUUCUGGUGAGAUAGGCUCCUGGUUUGAAUAAGUUACUGACCUGGGUGUUCUUUGCCUGGAGGUCCAUCCCUUAGCCUGACUGUUGACCCAGCCUUGGGCCUAUGGUAGAUGACCUCUUCGUAGUUCAAAGAGGGUUGGGGGUGACUUGUUUUGGACAACUUGGCCUUCUAGCUUACCCUUUCAAGCAAGUCUUUUUCAAGAAGCUGGGUGGACUCCCAUUUUACGGGGCCCCAGUCUUGCCUAAAAGACUUAAUUAGCCUUUACAACCAGAUUCUUACAUGGCCAGGAUCCUGUAUGGGACCCAGCUAAACUUUUCCCCAGGGAAUGCUGAGUUCCAGCUGGACGCAGAGGUACAGCCGAGUCCACUGUUGUCUUUGUCCCUUGGCAUUUGAGAGGACGACCGGCCCAGGGGUUGGGUGUUCGCAGUCUGCGCGUGAGUUCGUGAGGCGGUAGCUGGAUGUUGCAGCACCCUUAAGUGGUUAGCACCUUCCUGUAAACUCUUACCCCGACUUCUAACUGCUCUAUAAAUAUACAUAUAUAUUUAUAUAUAUAUAUAUAUAUAUAUAAAGUGACUAGUUUAACUGGCAUCCUGCUUGAGCCUGAGACUUGCCAUAAAAAAAAACUGCUGAGUACUUGGCAAACACUUUCAUAGUUUUGUUCUCCAUCUGUUUGGGGUAGGUGUUGAGCAAGGUGAAUGCAUCUUGAUAUUUCAAAUGGGCUUUUAAUGCACUGUUGCCAAGGAAGGCUUUUUCUGAUUUUUUGACAAAUGAAUUUUUGCACACUUAAAUUGGUGUCUUUCAGCAACUUAAAACACAUUGAAAAUUAGCUACUGUACAUAUUUUUAUAUUCUCUUUAUAAAUGCAUGUCUGACUGUACUUAUAACCAUAUUGUAAUGAGUGGCUGUCCAGUCUGCCUAGCGCUGCUGUGGCCCGUCAGAAUAGCAGCAUAUUAUUUGCCCCUCAGCAUACUGGGAACUUCUUAAACAAAGAAUGUAAAUUUGGUCAAUCUGCUCUUUGUUCAUUCAAUUACUUUAAACAUUUGAAUUAAUUACUGUAUAUCCUAAAUAAUCCUAUUGUUGUAGAUCCUAAAUUUAUACUUUCGGCAGUGACUAGAUUCCACGAAUGUGUCUUAAUCUCUCUCUUCAGCUGGCAGUUACUAUUUUCUUUUCUUUUUUUUAUCCCUCGAAGUUGUCCUGUAGGAGACAGAAAUUCUUUGCUGUCUGUAUCCCUUGGAGUAAGAAAGUAGUGGCAUGGGUGGAGUGUGUGUUCUUUCUCCAGAUCUAUGAUGUUCAUUAAACAACGUCUGUAGCAAAGAUGGUGGUAGUUCUUUUGUAACCGAAGUUACCCUUCACCGUGGCUAUUUGCAAAGGAGAUGUACUUGAACGUGUCUGUAAAUCUUGAGAUAAACUGUUUGGAGAUUUAACCACCUCUCUGAUGGGGGACCAACUCUAUGGAAAUUGUAAAUAAGUUUUAUUUAUAAACCUGGCACUGUAUUCAAUAAACAUUUCUUGCAGCCUUUCAUCUCUAA